AUGUAUAUUGAUGAGAUGACAGUUUUGCCAUAUUAUUAUGUAUUAUUAUUUAAAUAUCCAAGGUAUUAAACCUUCAGGGAACGUUACCUAAAUGUUACUUGUAUGUAUAUCUAGUAUAAUAUUCAACAAAAAGGUUAAAGCUGUAAAAAAAAAAAAAAAAAAAAAGCUGAGCUGUGAUUGUAUACAACGCGCGCCUCCUCCUCCCUCCCGCGAACGCGCUUUUUUAAAGACCCCAGUGCGCGCUCCUGAUCUUGUUGCUAAGGGGGCGAUGGAAUCGUGGCCGCGCGCGCAGAGCAGAUGAAGGCUGGUGAUCAUCACACACACACACACACACAGAGAGAGAGUCGUCACGUCACGUCACGUCACGGAUCCGCAGCAGCAGCGACCGUUGGAGAGAGAUGCUGAGAGGUGACAGGCGGCCAGAAGAAGAAGGAGGAGAAAAAAGGGACGACAGACAUAUUUAACGUUUAUUUUCUAACCGCCUAACCGACCGACACCUCUUCUACUUUAAUUAUCUCGCUAUGGGAUUCCUCUCCGUGUUGUCUCCGCCGCCCUUUAACGAGGAUUUAGUGUAACCACACCCGGCUCUUCUUCUCUGGAAUCAAGGAUUGGCAGUUAAGACCCGAGGGAUCUCUAUCAAGGCCAUCAAAUGCCUGGCCCAGUCUGAGGCGGCUGGUCGAGGGGGGGAAGCAGUGAGGACAGCGUCCCUUGUCCACAGACGGGAUGAGCGGGGGAGCGGAGCAAGCUGACAUCCUAAGCGUGCUCUCCCUGGUCAAGGAACGAUGGAAAGUGGUGAAGAAGAUCGGGGGCGGCGGGUUCGGGGAGAUCUACGAGGCGGUGGACCUGCUGACGCGGGUCAGCGUGGCGCUGAAGGUGGAGUCGGCCCAGCAGCCAAAACAGGUGCUCAAGAUGGAGGUCGCCGUGCUCAAGAAGCUCCAGGGUAAAGACCAUGUGUGUCGCUUUGUGGGAUGCGGCCGCAACGACCGCUUUAACUACGUCGUGAUGGAGCUUCAGGGUCGUAACCUGGCUGACCUGAGGAGGAGUAUGACGCGUGGAACUUUCAGCAUCAGCACUACCCUGCGUCUGGGUCGCCAGAUCCUGGAGGCCAUCGAGAGCAUCCACUCUGUCGGCUUCCUGCAUCGUGACAUCAAACCGUCCAAUUUCGCAAUGGGCCGCUUCCCGAGUACCUGUCGAACCUGCUACAUGCUGGACUUUGGUUUGGCUCGUCAGUUCACCAACUCUUGCCAGGAGGUCCGACCUCCCCGUCCAGUGGCAGGUUUCAGGGGAACCGUCCGUUAUGCGUCUGUCAAUGCUCACAAGAAUAAGGAGAUGGGUCGUCACGAUGACCUGUGGUCUCUCUUCUACAUGCUGGUGGAGUUUCUGGUUGGUCAGUUGCCGUGGAGGAAGAUCAAGGACAAAGAACAUGUGGGGAAGCUGAAGGACACUUACGACCAUCGUCUGAUGCUCAAACACCUGCCAGCAGAGUUCGGUGUGUUCCUGGAGCACAUCGCCAGCCUCGACUACUUCACGAAGCCUGACUACCAGCUGCUGAUGUCAGUGUUUGACAACAGCAUGAAAACCUACAAUGUUGUGGAGAACGACCCUUACGACUGGGAGCGAACAGGCACUGACGGCACUUUGACAAUCAGUGCCAGCGCCACAACACCGCAACAUCACACCCGCCUCACUCCGGCACACAUGGGUAUGGCGAAUGCCUCCCUGAUCCCCGGCGACCUGAUGAGGGAAAACACAGACGAGGUUCUGCAGGACGAGCAGCUCAGCGACGUGGAGAACAACCCCGCUCCAGAUCGCAUGCCGGGCUCUCCCCUCCACCUGCACCGCAACCAGGAGGCUGACGUCUGGGAGGAGCUGGACCGCAACCGUAACCGCAUCAGGACGGCAGUCUGGAAGGCGGAGGAGGAACACAGCAACAACCAGGGCAACCAUGGACACCAGAGCCCCUAUGCUGGGCCAAGCCUAGGCUCCCCAGUGAAACUGCACUCUGAGGUGGUGCCUUCAGACCGUGAGGGUCCCCUGCUGAGGAAGCUCCGCAACAUUCACAGUUUUGAGCUGGAGAGGAGGCUCGGCCUUGAGUCCAAGGCCAGUCCAGAGCGCUUCCUGGAAGCCUGCUCGGGGAAGCAGCAGCUUGGCGCCCAGCACCAGGACAAGGAGGCUGACGGGGCUGCAAUCAUCCCAGUAACUCAGGGUCAAGCUGUACCUGCCGGGGAGCGUCCCGAUCGGGUCUGGCACUAUGACGAGGAGUUCUUGUCUGGUGGUGGUUCUCCUAAGCCGGCAUCCUGUGGAUCUCUGGAUCAGGGAGAGGGGGCAGCCAGCAGCGGGGGCUUUGUGGCCCUCAAUCUGAGCUCUGGGAGGCAUGAAAUUGACUCAAGGGAGUGGGUGAUGGUGGAGCCGCCCAGUGGCUCUCCAGGAGCCAAGGCUACCACCAGCCCCUCGGAGGAGGAUGAGGAGCCAGAGGUGCUCCAGCCGGGGGAUCAGUCUCCUGGAUGGGAACGGGGCAAUCCGAGCCCUCACUCUGGCAAAGCUAAACAAGAAAGCACGGCUUCCUCCAAGGGAAGCGCAAAACUGGACAAGUUGGAGCUUAGCGUGGGCCCUCCAGGGGCUUUGCCCACCGUCACUCCGACCAGCCCAGCUGAAGCUCUGGCUGAGGGAGUCCUCACUCAGCUCCCCACCUCUCCUCCAUCGCUGCCUGAAGAGGUCGCGUUCCGGACAUGCAGCCCCAUCCCUCUGCGCUCCCCCAGCCCUCACACACUCCUGACCACCCUGUCGGACCCGUUGCAUCUGCGCCAGCCGCUGAACAUGAGGCGCAGCCAGUCCGUCGACCCCCAGCAGCAGGAGCGCCCCUCCUCUUCUUCCUCCUGCCACGCCUCCCUACCACUACCACCACACCCUGCCCCCGGCACCCGCUCACCCAGUCGCAGGAAACUGCCGGCCAUCCCGGCGGGUGCUGCCAACGCCAAGUUUCCCUCUGUCAUACGCAUCACUCGUGCCCAGCUCCAGCAGUUGACAGCUCAGCGUCCCUCUGGGCUGUCCUCCCAGUCAGGAUCAGACAGUGCGCCACAGUGCCUCCUGCUGGAGAGGCGUAGUGAGGCCGAAGCUGAGGCUCAGCAGGCCCAGGAGCGCACAGCGGACAUCUGUUCCCCCCAGGACCUUGUGCCCAACCAUCCAGGGACAUCCACAGACCCCCUGGCUGAGAUGCUGGUCAAUGGAAACAUCCACAACAAAGCUCAAAGCCCAAACUGUGUGUCUUCCCCACGCUCCCCCCGUUCUCCACACUCGCCUCCUCUGCGCUCGCCUUCCUCUCCACGCUCUCCUCGCUCCCCUCACAGCCCUGUGUUUGCCAAUGGACGCCUCUCCUCUCCUGUUAACAGCCAAAGGGAUUUAAGUAACGGAGCUUUCCCCAGGCUGAAAGACCCUGAGAAUGAUUAUGGCCCGACUCCCUGUGCCCCAGAGCCUCAGGUGUGGGGGGAGGGUAACAGAGAAGCGAACCAUGCCCCAGAUCAGACCAAUGGACCAGCCUCCCCCUCCCCAACACCCCCCCGUAAGGACCCCAACCGGAGGCAAAGUCGCAUCCCAGUCCUGGAGCCCUCCAGCCUGCUGGAGCUCCCUCCUGCAGGGUCUGCUAAGGAGAAACUCCUACUGAAGAAAGCUCACCACCAAGGCCCUGUCCCCUCUCCCACUGCCUCCCCGUCCCUCUCUGAUAGACGUGGCCCCAUGGUGGCCUCCCUCGCUAGGGACCCGUUGUCCUCCACCUCUGACCGCUCUCAGGACGAGGACUCUCUUAUGGGCUCCCGUUCUGACCGCCAGGGAGACGAUGCUCCCUCCCUCUCCUCCUCCUCCAGCCCUCUGUCCCGCAAGAGCCGGAUCCCUCGUCCUGUUCAUUCAGCUUCUUCUGCCGAGCAGCUGGCUGCCCAAUUCCUGCCGCGCCCGCCCCCUGGGAAGCCACCGUGCCGCCCCACAGCAGAGGGCAGGCUCAGGCGUUACCGCAUCCGAGCCGGCAGCAACAGUGACUCAGACCUCCUGACAUGCCUUGCUCAGCUGAUGCACGGUUCCCGUGGCUCCCCCCUUCACCACCGCUCCUCGGCCCAGCACGGCGGCUCCAGGAUGGGCGUCUGCAGCCUGACGAGCUCUCCGCACCACCACCGCAGCUCUAGCGCCUCCCCACGAAGCUCCUCCUCCCUGCAGCGCUCCGUCAGCUCUUCGCCCUCCCGCCACGAGCACCGUGGCGGCGGGGGAGGGGGUUGCCUAGGACGCAGCCGCUCGCCUCCCAGCUUCUCUGGCUCGCCACCUCCCCGCCGCUUCUACCCUCACCACCAGGAGAGCUGUUGCAGCCGCCAGGCUCGCACGGGCCCCUUCCACCUGUCCAGGGGAAAACCCUGCAGCCGAGAGGGCAAGUGCUCCAGCAAGCUGAGCAGAUAGUUGCCCACCAGGUUGCGCUGCCACAGCAGAGGAUGGAAAGACUCUUAUUAUGAUAAGGAAGACUGCAUUCAGGAUAGUCUUCCUGUAAAAGUUUCCCUUUUUUCGCUGUCAGUCUGAACCUUACACUUGUCUCGCUGUUUCCCACUGUUCUCUUCACUCCUUCUAUUUGCACACAGGGUUUGUCAUUCAUUUAUGUGCCCAGCUUUAAAGGGGUACUCCAGUGAUUUAGUAAAGCACUUCCAUGAAGUUGUUGGACUGAGAGACAGAUUUGUAAAAGAAUGAUCAAAGAUCUGUGCGGCAGAAGCUGAGAUAUCCUGACUUUUAGUCCGUUAGGCCCCGAUCAGACAGAGUGCAUUCAACAUGCUGAAUCGGCCGAAAUACCUCCGACACUGGCAGACAAGAGCCGACGGUGCGGGACACUCCGCAAAAGCUAGACCGACAGUUGCUCACCGACGGCCCCACACUGUCCGACGGCUGACCGUCAGCUAGGUGUGCCAGGACCUUUAUGACUUUACCAACCGUAGUUACCAUGAUCUGAACAGAAAAGAGCAGGAGACAAAUUAGUGCGGGUAUUUAGGAAUUUGGGUAAGUUGUUUUCAUUAAUUUAAACUUUACUAUUAACUAUUUUAGUCACGUACAGUUCAUGGUUUGUAAUAAAAUAACGUUAGCAGUCAUUUUGGUGGUUGCUUAGCAACAUAUAAAAUAAAAAAGACGCAGCAAACUGCAAAAAAAAACGCUCUGUCUGAUCAGGCAA